UAGGACUCAUGACUCUGACUGCUGAGAGUCGUUCUUACCCUGGGUUUAAUCUCUCAGACAUGAAGCCCGUACGAGGCUCUACUCGAGCUGUAUCAAAAACACGUAACAUAAAAAACAAGACGAAACAAGCAACCGAGCGCCAGGACCCAGAGCCCUUUGGAAAGAGGGUUAACCCAAAGCAGGCAAAGACGAGGAAAGUUGAACAGCCUCUAAACAGAUACAAAGGUCAGGACAAGUGGAAGCUGAUGACAGGGUCCUCCAUCUCUACUCUGGAGAACAUGUUGGAUUUAUCAAUCCUCGCAACGCUUGCCUUGAAGAGGACGGAAAAGACAGAGAGCCAGGAACAUCUGAACACGAUGAAAAGCAGGUUCCUUGCACAGUGUGCACAGCUCAAAGUUCCAGUGAACAAACAAAAAGGUUUUGAGCGUCCAUAUCAUCGACACCAGGAGGAGUCAAAGAAGUCUGUGGUUGGAAAGCAGACUCUAAGCAGCCUGGAGGAAGACUUGAAGGCUGUGGUCAGCGCUCUGGAGAGGAAAGAAGAGCAGACAGUCUCUUUAGAGCACACAUGCAGCAUGCUGAGAGACCAGGUGGAGGAGGAGGAGGAGAAAGCAAAAGAGAUUUUACAGAUAACUGAACAAACAGUUCUCAACCUCCCCCGUCUUCCCAUGCAGAAAGAGGAAAAAGCAGUCGAGGCUUGGAGGAGAAAAAUGAUCCCAGAGGGCGAGCCUGAGACCACUGAACAGAACUUUGAGAAAAUCCUUCAGAAAUCAACCGCCAUCCAGGAUGCCGAGGUUCUGCAGCUACAGACACACAAACAAGCUGAUCAGUUGAUCAGGCUGUUGAAAUAUUACUAUACCUGGUUUGGACUGGAGCCUUGCCAAAUCACUCCUCAUAUAGAUUUAAAAAAAUAAAAUCUACAUAUGUAAGAGGUGUUUACACACAGUUUGGGGUUUUGGUAUAUGGGAAUAUAUUUGUCAGUAUACUUGAGUUCCACUUUCGUGUUUAAUGCAUAACCGCUAGUCUUCCUUUUUUCUGGUAAACACAAAAGAGAAGCCACUAUUUAUUGCAUAAGAAAGAAUAUUUCGACAGACAGAUCAAAACAAAACGAAAACAGGCAGAACUCUGAGCCGCAAAUAUUGCAAAAGCUUAAACCAUGAAGUUUGUGUAACAUUGGAUUUGUACGUUCUUCCAUUUUGUUGUCCUUUUUGAAAGAUCAUUUUUGGUAUAGAUGGAAACGGGGACUACAGGAAUUGGGACAGGGGACUGGCAUGGCAUUAAGCAAGUCUGCAUGCAGAAUCUAACUACAGACAUUGUGGUGAUGUGCUAUGCACAUUCAUAGUUUGACUCCCGAGUUGGAACCUAUCGCAGUUUUCUGCAAGAAAUAUGAUAUAAUAAGAACAUGUGGCUGAAAGGAGGAAAAAAAAAUGUUUCAGAUUUCCAACUGGUCAGUCAGAGUGCACACCAGAAGAAGACCUGGAAACCUGCAAACAAAACACUAACUGCUGCUUCUUUCCAGGUGUAUUGAGUUCAGUUUUAGACAACUGAUAGCAGUUGAUGUUUGGUCACAUGCAGUUUACAGACCCCAUUUACAGAAUGGUUCUUAUUAUUUAUUGUACUUUUUAAUACAGAAAAUAAGUUUUAAUGUGCAACAAUUGGUUACAGUUACAUUCCUUAGGUCAACAAUGACAGAAUGGGGUUUGCUAUUAUGAACAACAAACAAUAUUAAAGCUAGCUUAUCACACAUCCAGUACUAUAUAAUGAUCUUGCAACAUAUUUCCUGUUCAGCAUGUUGCUGCUUCAGUCCUCUGAGAGCCUCCAGGCACACUUACAUUCAAAAGAUUUAUGAGCACAUCUAGUACCAGAUCUGUAAGUCAAUACAUGUUGAAGUGGGGACAUCUCACGAGUUAAACAAAGGCAUGCAUUUGAGCCACUGUGGAUAUUGAUAGUUUGAUCUCAUUAGCACAUUGUACCUUACUGAGACGCACUUGCAGGUCAGGAAGUCGUGGUAAUGAAAUGAUGCCGUGUUGUUGACUUUGGCUUGUUUUUUUAUUUUUUUUAAUCAUAAUGGUGUUUCCUCACGCCCUCUAAUAAACAGACGAGAUGA